AGCCGAUCUAGAAGACUACUUUACACCUGUGGUUGUGUUACUAUGGCUGAAAAUGACAUAGACAGAACCCAUACUGAGAAACUCCAAAAAAGAAUUCAAGAACUGGAACAGGAGGUAGAAAGACUUAAAAGAGAACAAGCCAGUAACAAAGACUCAAAGGUUAGAGAAAGUUUUUCAAGAACUGGAAAAGCCAAGCGUGCAUUUGAUUUCAGUGCUUAUGGUCGGAGGCAUAUAGCCCUAAAAAUCGCCUAUCUGGGCUGGGGGUACCAUGGCUUUGCCAGUCAGGAAAAUACAAGCAAUACCAUUGAAGAGAAGCUAUUUGAGGCUCUAACCAAGACCCGACUUGUUGAAAGCAGACAGACCUCCAACUAUCACCGGUGUGGACGAACAGACAAAGGCGUUAGUGCCUUUGGGCAGGUAAUUUCUCUUGACCUUCGUUCUCACUUUCCACAGAGCAGGGAUACAGAGAAUUCUAAUCUGAAAGAUGAAGUCAGUGAUGCUGCUAAAGAGAUCCGCUAUACCCACAUUCUCAACCGGGUGCUCCCUCCAGACAUCUGGGUACUAGCCUGGGCCCCUGUAGACCCAAGUUUCAGUGCUAGAUUCAGCUGUCUUGAGCGGACUUACCGCUAUUUUUUCCCACGUGCUGAUUUAGACAUUGGAACCAUGAAUUGUGCUGCUCAGAAGUAUGUUGGCACACACGAUUUUAGAAACUUGUGUAAGAUGGAUGUAGCCAAUGGAGUGAUAAAUUUUCAGAGGACUAUUCUGUCUGCUCAAGUUCAGCUCCUAGGCCACAGCCUGGGUGAUGAGAUACAGCAAGAACCUUUCCAGAUAUGUCAGUUUGAAGUGAUUGGCCAGGCAUUCCUUUAUCAUCAAGUCCGCUGUAUGAUGGCUAUUCUCUUUCUGAUUGGCCAAGGAUUGGAGAAGCCAGACAUUAUUGAUGAGCUGCUGAAUAUAAGAAAAAAUCCCCAGAAACCUCAAUACAGUAUGGCUGUAGAAUUCCCUCUAGUCUUAUAUGACUGUAAGUUUGAAAACAUCAAGUGGAUCUAUGACCAGGAGGUUCAGGAGUUCAAUGUUACCCACCUACAACAACUAUGGGCCAGUCACGCUGUUAAAACUCACAUGUUGUACAGUAUGCUACAAGGACUGGAGUCGGUUGCAGUAUCCUGUGGGACAGGACCAAAGAUGGACGGAGAAGUAGAAUGGAGAAGUAUUACACCCCCUGUCAUAAAACAGACCAGUGCAUUUGUAGAAGGAGUGAAAAUGCGCACAUACAAACCCCUAAUGGAGCGUCCUAAAUGCCAAGGAUUAGAAUCCCGGAUCCAGCAUUUUGUACAAAGGGGGCGUAUAGAGCACCCACAUUUAUUUUAUGAAGAGGCAAAAGCCAAGAGGGACUGCGAAGAGACUCUAGGGGAAGAAAAUACAAUUUUGGAGAAACCAACAAAAAGAGCCUGUGUUGAAACAGAAGUUAAAAGCAUCAGUUAAUCACAGAGAAUUCACUAGCAGGCAACUGCUAGUGGUAGAGAGCUACAGACAUUUUUUUCUAUUUCGGUAAUUUAGAUAAAUUCUGUAUCUAAAUAAAGACAUUUAGAGAAUUUCUUAAACAA